AUGAAGUUGCUAUCUAGAAAAGCCACGUGCAACUCACACGGACAAGAUUCUUCUUACUUCUUAGGAUGGCAAGAAUACGAGAAGAAUCCUUACGAUGAUGUUCGGAAUCCAACCGGAAUUAUUCAGAUGGGCCUUGCUGAAAAUCAGCUGUCGUUCGACCUUCUUGAAUCGUGGCUCGCGAACAACCCAGACGCAGCUAGUUUCAAGAGACAUGGACAAUCCAUAUUCAGAGAACUCGCGCUAUUUCAAGAUUAUCAUGGCCUCCCAGAUUUUAAGAAAGCACUGGUGGAAUUCAUGGCAGAGAUAAGAGGAAACAGAGUAAGCUUUGAUCCUAACAAGCUGGUCCUCAUUGCCGGUGCAACUUCUGCUAAUGAGACGCUUAUCUUUUGCCUCGCCGAACCCGGGGAAGCUUUCCUUCUUCCUGCUCCAUACUAUCCAGGGUUUGAUAGAGAUCUCAAAUGGCGAACCGGGGUUGAGAUCAUCCCGAUACAAUGCAACAGUUCUAACGGCUUCCAAAUUACUCAAUCUGCUCUAGACGAAGCUUAUCAAGAAGCCCAAAAACGUAAUUUGAAGGUUAAAGGGGUUCUUAUCACCAAUCCUUCCAAUCCUUUGGCCACGACCAUCAGCCGCGAUGAACUCAACCGCCUCAUUGACUUUGUCACUGCCAAAGAAAUCCACUUAGUAAGUGACGAAAUUUAUUCAGGAACAGUCUUUGACUCGCCAAAGUUCGUAAGCGUUGCAGAGGUUCUAAUGGACAGAAACCUUGAGAAUACUGAAGUUUGGGACCGGGUCCAUAUCAUCUAUAGCCUGUCCAAGGAUCUAGGUCUUCCUGGAUUCCGAGUGGGUGCAAUUUACUCUAACGACGUCACUGUGGUCUCAACCGCAACCAAAAUGUCAAGUUUUGGACUUAUCUCUUCUCAAACCCAGUAUCUUCUUUCUGCCAUCCUCUCCGACACCAAGUUCGCAAAAAACUACAUUAUAGAGAACCAGAGGAGGCUUAAGAAACGGCACGACAUGCUAGUCUCCAGCCUAAAGAAUGCCGGUAUCAGUUGCUUGAAGAGCAACGCCGGUUUGUUCUGUUGGGUAGACAUGAGACACCUCUUAAGUUCUAAUAGUUUCGAGGCAGAGAUGGAACUGUGGAAGAAAAUUCUUUACGACGUUGGUCUAAACAUCUCUCCGGGGGCUUCUUGCCAUUGCACCGAACCAGGGUGGUUUCGUGUAUGCUUUGCCAACAUGACUGAAGAGACGCUAAACCUCUCAAUGCAACGAAUCAAGGCCUUUGUCGACUCCAUCGUGGCUACCACCACAACCACCAACCAUGCUGAUACUCGAGGUCAACGUCAGCUGGACAGAAACUCGAGAAGAAGGUCAUUGACCAAGUGGGUUUUCCGGUUGUCGUCUUACGAUCGCGAACCUGAACGUUAAUUAGAUCUAUCUCAACAUGUGUACUCAUUUGAUUCAUUCCUUUUGGGUUCGGUCCGUUUUCUAUGUAGAAAGACGGAUAACUCGGUCCAUGCAUGUAGAUUAGAAGUGGCUAGUUUAGUA